CUGUUUGACUCAGACCAUUUUCUCAGAAAGCUCUCAUCAUGUACUUGGUGGUGGUCAUCUCUCUACUCCUGAGCUCUGCUCCUGCUCAGAGUCGUACUAUUCAGGAUUUAAUUGAAAAGAUCCCUGGGAAGACUGGUAACAUCACAGAGAAAGAUGAUAUACCAGUGUCAACUAUAAUUGAAACCAACAAACAUGCAGGACUGGGACUGGAUAAGCCUUUGAUCAUGUUUGGAGACAUCGCCGUACCAAGCGGGCUCCAGAAUGCAGAUCCAUGUACCGCUCGUGGGUGCAAAUGGGACAGAAGCAGAGAUGGAUUAGUCUAUGUGCCCUACGUCAUCUCCAACCAGUACUCUCCACAGGACAUAAGUGUGAUUAAAAGAGGUAUGCAGUCCUUUGCAGAGGUUUCCUGCAUUCGAUUCGUACCUCAUCAAGGACAGAGGAACUUUCUUCACAUACAGUCUAAUUCUGGAUGCUAUUCAUAUUUGGGGCGCCAAAGGGGAGGGCAGGUUGUUUCUCUCCAGCGUUUUGGGUGUGUCUAUCACCAAAUUGUGCAGCACGAACUCCUUCAUGCUCUCGGGUUCCAUCAUGAACAGAACCGCAGUGACCGUGACAAACACAUCCAAAUCCUUUAUCAGAACAUCAUUCCUGAACAGCAGCACAAUUUCCGUAAAGUAGACACCAACAAUCUGGCUACCCCCUAUGACUACAACUCUGUGAUGCACUAUUCAAGGUACGCUUUCUCUAGGAAUAAUGAGCCAACCAUGAUUCCCGUUCCGAAUGCGAAAGUUGUGAUUGGUGAAGCUAAACAAAUGAGCCCCAAUGACAUCCUACGCAUUAACAGACUCUACUGCAGUUGAGAAACUGCUGCCGGGCUGUAUGAAGAACGUGUCUGAAGGAAAAGUUCAUCCAUUUUUUGUUUCCUAGCAUUCUUUUUUAAGCUUUCCUUUUUGCACAUCAUAGUGUCAAAUGAUUUAACUUAUUUCAUUAACAUCCUAAAAUCAGAAAUCUCUCAGUACUUAAGAUAAGAUAAUGAGAAUAAUGAAUGAUAAUAAAAGAUAAUAAUGUUCCAGUAUCAGAUGCUUGUGACAAAUCAACAAAAGGAGCAAAUAAUGUGAACUUAAAAUGUUCUUUAAAACAAGUAAAUAAAAAAUCAAAAUCAACACCCCUAUGA